AUGCCUCACAGGGUGUAUCUUCUUCAUGGAAAUCAUGAGUCGAAGUAUUGUACAUCUGUAUACGGAUUUGAGAAGGAAGUAUAUACCAAAUAUGGAGAUAAUGGAAAGCAUGUCUAUCGAAAGUGUUUAGGCUGUUUCGAAGGACUUCCCCUUGCUUCCAUCAUAGCUGGGAAAGUUUACACUGCACAUGGAGGGCUUUUCCGUGGCACUAUCAUAACCCCAUCAAAAAGGUCUGAAAAGAAGAAUCGUAAGGUUGUUCAUAACCCCGAGGUGACUUCUUUGACCCUUGGUAACUUGGAAGAGUUGGGGAAAGCUAGAAGGUCGGUCGUCCUUGAUCCUCCGUGGGAAGGUCCAAAUCUGAUUCCUGGUGAUGUUUUAAGGUCAGACCCAUCAAUGAGCCCUGGUCUUGCUCCAAAUAAGGAGCGCGGAAUUGGCCUGCUGUGGGGCCCAGAUUGUACUGAAGCUUUUUUGAAGAAGUUCAAUCUAAAGUUGAUUAUCAGGUCACAUGAAGGUCCUGAUGCUAGGGAUAAACGACCUGAUCUUGGUGGAAUGGAUUUAGGGUAUACUAUCGAUCACACUGUAGAAUCUGGGAAGCUAAUCACAUUAUUCAGUGCCCCAGAUUAUCCACAAUUUCAGGCAACAGAAGAGAGAUACCGAAACAAAGGGGCAUAUAUCGUCUUGGAACCCCCACACUUUGACACACCCAUAUUCCAUAGCUUUGAAGCUGUUACUCCAAGACCGAAGUCGUCAUUGUAUUUGGUGGCUUUAACCACAACAAAGUGGUAUCAGAGCGCCAGGGAGAAUCCGAAUGGCAAAGGCAAAGAAAAGAAAGCUGGAGAUGGUGAAGACGGUGAGAAGGUAGCGGCGGCUACCGAUGACUUUCUUAUCAUUUAUGAAGGCGAUGCCGUCAAUGUUGCUUGCCAGGAGACUAGUUGGGUGAUCGAUAGCGGUGCUUCAAUUCAUGUCACAUCGCAAAGGGAUUUCUUCAAGUCCUACACUUCCGGUGACUUCGGAAGUGUUAGGAUGGGAAAUGAUGGUAUUUCUAAGGCAGUUGGCAUGGGAGACGUGCACUUGGAAACUGAAAAUGGCAACACCUUAGUUUUGAGAGGUGUGAAGCAUGUUCCCAACAUUCGCAUGAAUUUGAUAUCUACCGGCAAGCUCGAUGAUGAAGGGUUUUGUAACACCUUUCGAGACGAAAAGUGGAAACUCACGAAGGGAUCCUUGAUUGUGGCGAGAGGGCAAAAGUAUUCUUCAUUGUACGUGAUGAACGUGAAGAUUAUGGAUCAUAUGAUCAAUGCGAUGGAUGACGAACGCACUGUGGAACUUUGGCACAACCGACUUAGCCACAUGAGCGAGAAGGGUUUGACAGUGUUGGCCAAGAAGAAUCUCCUCCCAGGUGUGAAAACGGGUUUUCUGAACAAGUGUGCUCAUUGCUUGGCGGGGAAGCAAACCAGAGUUGCCUUCAAGAGAGUUCCCCACUCACGCAAAACAGAUAAUGGAGGUGAAUACUGCGGCCCGUUUGAUGAGUAUUGUAGGCAGCAGGGUAUUAGACACAAAAAGACACCUCCGAAGACUCCUCAGUUGAACGGGUUAGCUGAGAGGACGAACCGGACACUAGUUGAGAGGAUCCAGUCCCUAUACCUACUGUGUAUCCUGAUCAAGGGGGAGCGACGCCGGAUAUUGAUGUUGGUCCUGCAAAUGGUGAUGUCCCCACAGUUGAUGAUGUUGAGCCAACUGAUGAAGUUGAAGAAGGGGUUCAAGAACCACCAGAAGAACCUAUUUUGA